ACGACGUUAUCGGUCCAGCAGUCAGUCGUUGUCUGUUCGGCUAACCGUCGCGUCGUCGUGUCCGUUCUCGUGUCGUGGUCUCGUCCGUUAAGUUAUCGACGUGUUUCGUAAUAAAUUAUAUUAAAUAAUAAUUAACCCGUUCCGCCGCCCUAGCCGGAUCGCAACGCGUAAUAAUAUAAUCUGUACAUUAUCCUAUAAAGUAACAGUCGUCGGUCGUGAAAAAAAAAAAUCGUGAUAAUAUCGUCCGGUUUCGUCUUUCGGUUGCGUUUGACGCGGUGAAAUAGGAUUUUUGAAAAGUUUUGUCUUCGACGAUCCUGCGAUCUCCCGCGAAGAAAACCAUGACCGUUUCCGGCGGAUUGCUGGCUCGCGCAGCCGUCGCCCUGUCGCCUGUUCUGCUGCUGCUGCUCCUGUUCCGCGGAACGACAGCGGCGGCGGUACAGGACUUGGUGUAUGCCGACGAGGACUUGAUGAAAGCUUCACCACUCACAGUGGCCCAAUGCCGUGCAGGAUGUCUGCACAAGUUGGUGCCCAGAGACGUCGAAGCCACGGAAUGUGAGAAGAAAUCGGACUGUUGGAAGUGUUGGAAGUAUUGUGAAGUACUCCAGACCGAAGGCAAGAACAUGAAGAACAUUUGCGAACAUAACUGUGACGUGGGUUGCCAGGAAGCCUGUUCGUUCCAUGACUGGCACGGAGGGUCACAACACAGCCCCGUGGUGGAGGCCCGAGGUGAACGGGCGCUGACCAUCGAUUCGGGCACGCUACGUUGGCCGCGGCCGGCUGACCUGCUCUCGCCGUCCGCGCAACGUCUCGUGUACGUGAUCAUGCGGCGCCGGGACCCGGGAACCAGGCGCACGUGGUCCCAACUGGGCCAGACGCCCGGCUACAAGGCCCGACUGCCCAAAACGACGGCACCGUGGACGGUCCGCGUGCUUGCAGUCUCGGCAGAGGGUCUGGUAACCAUCUUCAGCCCGGCCCCGGUCACCGCCACGUCUGUUCUACGGGUUCCUGUUGAAUCCGUGGCCGCUAGGGCUGCAGCGUCCGCCGCCUCGCCACAGCUGGAACUUGCAGCCACCCCACCACCCACAUUGUCGUCACCGACGGCUGCCGCCGUUUUGCAUGACCUCCGUGAUGCCGACAUCAUUAUCAGGAGCCUCGGCCGCGACCAGAUUCUCGGUAUCAGGUUACCGUUGGCCGCCAGAUCGGCGCCCCAGGAAGAGUCACUCCGCCUCAUGGGUGAUGACGACCCAUCGGACACAACAGAAAUGUGGAACCUUCGCGAAGUGUCGAUGAUCCAUCAGAAGGUGUUGGUGAUCGCUGAGGUGGCGUGGGAUGCCCGGCAAGUCCACCGCCCCGCUUACCUGGUCACGUGGGAGAUUGAUGGCGGCGGUCUGAAAGGCAACCUGUUCACGGACACCACGUGCGUCACGCUGUCCCUGUGGCCAGACACCGCAUACCUCAUACAGGUGUCUCUGCUGGGUGGAGCCGACGAGUCCGUGAAAAUGUCCACAAGUCCAACGCUGCUGUUGGACACCAGGAGCGCUGUGCACUCGACUGCCGCUGCGGUGGAAGUCACGACAGCGGCAGCGGCGGUGGCCGAGAUGGCUGCUUCGGACCGUUGGAGCGACGACGGCGCUAACGAAGACGAAGACGAAGACGCGGCGGCCGUUGUGGCAGCAGCCGGGGUGGACACCGUGGCCGUGAUGGCCGGAGAGGAGGACGUGACGGCCGAGCUAUCGGCACCCGUGGCCGUGGCCGCUGGGCUGGGGCACGCCGAGUGGCAGCUGUUGGCCGCGGCCGGAGCCGGCGUGGCCGUGUUCAUGUUGCUGGCCCUCGUGCUGGCCUACCGCAGCAACGGCGGCGCAUCGCCCGCGCUCCACAAGGUGGUCCGACACGACGACGCCGAGUGCCCACCCCUGUUGGACUACGCGCCCCGACCCCUGGACUUUUCCAAAUACUUGGGCCGCUGUCGGAGGUCCCAUCAACUGCUCGACGAGGACGCCGCAUCGCAGCAAGAACAACCGACCGUGACGCACGUCCGGCAUUAAAAAAUAUUAUAUUAUAUUAAUAAUUAAUUAGGUAUAAUAUUAUAUUGUAACAUUAUUGGGUGUCGCGCGCGUACAGUCCUUCAUACGUCGCGGCCGUCGUUGUCCCGGCGCUGCCGAUAUAUUAUUAUAUGUUUAUGGUAUAGGUGUUAUAUACCGUUUCGUUUCACCGGAGUCCUAAUAACCAAUGUUUUUGCCCCCCCCCCCCCUUAAUCUAUUUUGUUUUGUAUAAAUAUUUGUGUUGUAUAUAUAUAUAUAUUAUAUGAAAAUCUCGUUGUACAUUUUAUCCUAUAAUUACACGGUGUACAUACGAUGACUAUUAUAAUAUUAUUAUUAUUUAUCGCGAGGCGUAAAUUCCCCACAGUUAUAUUAUAAUAAUAUGAUAUUAAUGAAUUGUAAAAAAGAAAAAAAAAAAUUAAACAAAAAGGAAACCAUCAAAGUUAAAACAAAUCAAAUUCGUGUGUUUUUUUUCGGUAUACGACGUCUCGUGUUAUACUGCACGUUAUCUAGUCAUGUGAAUAAUAUAAUAUAAAUAUUAUAAUAAUACGUUACAUUUUAAUAAAAAUAAGAAUCAAUAUGUCAACUCACUAUUGAAUCGCUUCACAAUAUAAUAUAAUAAUAAUUAUUAUUAUUUUAUAUCGGACAUAAUAUUCUCGGUUAAUAUCUUUUGACGUACUUUAACGGUUUCCAUUAUCUAUUACCAAACAGAAAGGUAAUUUAUUUCACGUAAAAUUGUAAUAACAUUGUGAAUUUAUUUUUUAUCAUUAUUUUUUAUUUUAUUUUGCUCUUAGUUAUAUUAUAUGUGCUAAUUUUUAUUGUCACCGAUUUUUAACAAUAAAACGCUUUUUUAUUUUAAAGUAUAACGUUGUUUGACUUAAAAUAUCAUAAUAUAUUAUUAUCAUUAUUAUUAUUAUUAUUCUGUAAUAUUAUUGUACAUAGCAGUGGCAUGUAUUAUUAAUUAUUAUUUUAAUCGAUGUAAGUUGAUACUAUGUGUUAAGUGAAUAAUUGAAUAAAAAUUAUAAAUACAAAUUUUAUUGCA